AUGCCGGCGAGAGCUUCGGCUCCUGGCAGGGUCACCCAAGCCGGACUGGUCGGAGGGGAGACACCAGACGAAGAGGAACACCCUGGUCCUCCAGGUUGGGGGUUGGGCGUUGGGCCAACAACCCCACCCUGUAAAAAACUCCAUGUUACGAAAUCUCAAGUAGAAAAUAAACCCGGGCUGACUUUAGGGAAACGGACUGGAAAUGGUUUGAGGCAUAUGAGAAUUGGAUCAUGGAAUGUUCGAUCAUUGUAUAGAAAUAAGGGGUUGCAAAUGCUGAUUGAACAAGUUGACAGCUAUAGAAUUGAUUUGUUGGCUGUGCAAGAAAUUCGAUGGACAGGAGAGGGAAUAAUUGAAAAGAAAAAUCAUACAGUUGUAUAUAGCUGUGAUAGAGAAAAACACAUGUUUGGUACUGGUUUCAUAUUGAGUAAGAGAAUAAGACCACUUCUGAUUGAUUUUGAUUGCAGGACACCUAGACUAUGCAAAAUAAGGAUAAAGGGCAUUUUCUUUAACUGCAGUUUUAUCAACUUUCAUGCUCCUACAGAGGACAAAUAUGGCGCGGAAAAGGAGCUUUUCUACGAGGAGCUACAUAGAUUAUAUAAUUCAUGUCCUAAAAAUGACGUUAAAAUCUUCCUAGGGGAUGCAAAUGCAAAAAUUGGAGUGGAAAAAGAGUUCAGGCCAGUGAUUGGAGGGUAUAGUCUUCAUGAUAUUUCAAAUGACAACGGAAAAAGACUUAUAGAUUUUGCUACAGAUCAUAAUAUGGUCAUACCAAGUACAAUGUUCCAACAUAAAAGAAUUCAUAAAAUGACUUGGAAAUCUCCGAAUGGAAAUACUUACAACCAGAUUGACCAUAUUUUAAUUGAUUCAAGACACAAAUCGGAUAUACUGGACGUAAGAUCUUAUCGUGGGGCAAACAUAGAUUCCGAUCAUUUUCUAGUUCUGGCAGAGGUUAGAGCCAGAAUAUCAAAUACUCGUAAAGCUCGCGGAGAACGUCUGAAAAAAUAUGAUGGUGAACAGCUAAAAAAAGAGACUACAAGAAAAAAGUUCCAGGAACAAAUUGAAAGGAGGCUUGAAGUGACUGAUGAUUCUUCAGAAAGGGAUGAUGUUAACAGGGAAUGGAAUGUUAUUAAGAGAGCUCUUAUCGAAACAGGAGACCAGGUUGUGGAAAAGAUCGAGAGAACCGGAAGAAAGGACUGGUUUGACAAUGAUUGUUUUAUGGCAACUUAUAAAAAGAAUGAGGCUUAUAAAAGAAUGAUAAGUUCAAGGCAUGCAAGAAAUGCUGAAAAUGCUUAUAAAGAAAUUACAGCCUUUCUUCGUUCAUUUUUUGCUCCUUUGGAACAACAUGUGGUGUACGAGUAA